AUGGAGACUAUUGUGGUUGACGGUGUCAAUCGAAUGGGCAAUGCAAUGGUAGAGUGGUUUGACAAUCAAACCAGAGGAUCAUCGCUGGGAUUUGGCACUUCCCGCCCAUCCGCGUCUUUGGUCGACAUCAGGGACCCGUUUGGCCUUGGAAGCACCAACUCGUUGCGUGGAAGUGAUUUUGAACCGAUCGGUUGGGACACAUCCUCGACGCAAAGCCUGAGCCGGCUUGAUUCCGAGAGCAUUCUUUCCGGUUUUGGUUCAGAGUUGGACGAUUCCACCAGGGAGCGCCCACACGGCGAAGUCACCGGUAAUCCUCCGCCUCCGGAUUGUGUGGUUAUUCGUGCUAACCGAGACAAGGCCCCGCCAACACCGCCCGUCUCCACCAGGAAAGGCGCAAGCUCAGCUCGGAGAUCAGCAUCAACGGGAUCAGAAAAGGCACAUCAAAGUAUCCAUGAUACCAAAGGAGAAGUCACUGGAACUGUGGGUGACAGUGGAACCGAAAAAGUCUAUGUGAGUUACAACAAGGCCGAAGGACCAGGACGACGUACAGCGCAGACAGAAGAAGGUUCUCCGAAAGGCGGUGGUUGGCGCGACAACAGCAAGGAGCGGACAUGGGUAGCUGACGACGACUCCCCUGCUGAUGACAACGGAGUUGAUCCUCUCAGCAUUCUGUCCAAAGGUGGCAGCCUUGGUAGUGGUGGCGACAAUGACGAGCCGACAUGGGCAGCCAGUGGUGAAUCCCCGGCUAGCAAUGGAGGCGACCGCCUCAGCAUCCGGUCCAAAGGAAGAGCUAGUUUCCGAAAGAAGUGGAUGAGAACCAUUGCUGAGGACAACAACAGAGGGGAUUGCCUGCACCAACAAAGCAAUCCAUCUGACUCCAGUUCCAUCCGGGACUUUCAGUGCCCUCUCCCUCACCAAAGACCAAAGACAAAUUACACAGCUUUGCACUGGCUUCUAAAGUUUAGAUCCAAAAAGAACCGUUUCGUCAUUUCUGGAGCAGAUGGGAUUUCGGCACUUCUAACCAAGAGAUACCAUGCCUUGAUCCUUGAUGAAGACGCUGUAACUAACAUCCAUGCAUCCAUGCUGUCGAGAACUCGUGUCCUUCUCAACCCCGUUAACCGUGUCAAUCGCAUCAUUUGCGUUCGACACGGGGAAAGCUUGGGCAAUGUGGACGACAAAACCUACGGCCGGAUUGCCGAUUGGAAAAUUCCGUUGAGUGACCUGGGCAGGGAGGAAGCUCGGGAUGCAGGAAGGCGGCUUGCCAAGCUCCUUGGUCCAGAUCAAAGGUUCGUGGUGUAUCAUUCUCCGUACAAACGAGCCACAGAAACAUGUUACGAAAUGCUCAAAGCCUUACCAGCCGACGCAGUGAUUGGAUCCAUACGGGAAGAACCUCGCAUCGUCGAACAACAAUUUGGCAAUUUCCAAAACUACGAAGAGAUUCAGAACUUUCGUGAUGAACGAGUGAAAUUUGGUCGCUUCUUUUAUCGAUUUCCCUCGGGAGAAGCCGGAAUGGAUGUCUACAGUCGCGUCACGAGUUUUAUCUCCACCAUUAAUCGAGAUGCAAGUUUGCUGCGACAAGAGGGCUAUGACAUGGAUAAGGUCAAUGUCUUGAUUGUGACUCAUGGUCUCACACUUCGACUCUUUCUCAUGAGAUGGUUCCAAAUAUCGGUUGAAGAAUUUGAAGACAUGUACAACCCCGACAAUGGCUUUAUGGCUGUCAUGGAACGAAAGGAAUCCGAAUGUGGCCGCAAACAAUUUUACGAGCUCACGGAAGAAUCGGCUCAACAUUUGCGAAUCAAGACGCGAGUAACUUCUUGGGCGGCUCCUUUGGAAGAGCGUCACAAAGGAAGAUGA